GUACAUAUGAGUAAUUAUAGUGCGGUGUAAAAGUUUAUAUAAAAAAAUGUUUAGAUGUACAUAUUGUAGAAAAUAUUUAUUUUUACCUUAUUUUGUUAGUUUUAUUUGUUAAAAUAAAUAUUGGUUGCUUUGUGUCAUUAAAUUGCAAGAAAUAAUGGCGUCGUUAAAAGUAGCAGUUAGGGUUCGCCCCUUUAAUCAAAGGGAGAUUGCUAUGGAAUCAAAACUUAUAAUAAAAAUGGACGGAAAAAAGACCAGACUAUUGAAUAAGGUUUCUUCAACACGACAACUUAAUGAUGAAAAAGAUCAAUAUAAGGACUUUACAUUUGAUUACUCAUACUGGUCACACAAUAAUACUGAUGAAAAUUUUGCAUCACAGGAACAAGUAUACUCUGACCUAGGAAAUGAUGUAGUUGAUAGUGCAUUUGAAGGCUAUAACGCUUGUGUUUUUGCUUAUGGCCAAACUGGAAGUGGUAAAACUUUUACCAUGAUGGGGACACCGGAUUGCCAGGGCUUAAUACCUAGAAUCUGCAAGAAUUUAUUCAGUCGAAUGCUCACUGGUAAAGAACAAGGUGCAAGUUAUCGUACAGAAGUAAGCUAUUUGGAAAUAUACAAUGAACGUGUAAAAGAUCUUUUGAGUACUGAUUCCGGACAUAGUUUAAAGGUUCGUGAACAUCCAAAAAGUGGUCCUUAUGUUCAAGAUUUAUCAUCACAUCUAGUUUCUGAUUAUGGAGGAAUUCAAGAGUGUAUGCUUAGAGGUAAUUCACAUAGAACAACAGCUUCCACCAAUAUGAAUGAUGUAUCAAGUAGAAGUCAUGCCAUUUUUACUGUUACAUUUGUUCAAGCUGGUUACAGUAAUGAUAUGCCAAGUGAAACCGUUUCUAAAGUACAUCUUGUUGAUUUAGCUGGAAGUGAAAGAGCUGACUCUUCUGGAGCAACUGGUCAGCGUCUAAAAGAAGGGGCUCAUAUAAAUAAAUCUUUGGUUACGUUGGGAUCUGUUAUUUCAGCUUUAGCUGAAUUAUCUUCUUCAACACAAACAUCAUCUAGCAAAUCUAAAACAUUCAUACCAUACCGAGAUUCAGUGCUUACUUGGCUGCUUAAAGACAGCCUCGGUGGUAAUUCAAAAACUAUAAUGAUUGCAGCAAUAUCACCAGCUGAUUGUAAUUAUGGAGAAACUUUGAGUACAUUAAGAUAUGCUAAUAGAGCUAAGAAUAUUAUUAAUAAACCUACAAUUAAUGAAGAUCCAAAUGUUAAAUUAAUCCGAGAACUUAGAGAAGAAAUUAGUAAAUUGAAGUCAAUGAUGUCGGAUACAAGUUUGCUAUCUGAACCACAAGUAUUAGCUGCUUUGCAUCAAAAGGAAGCACAGGAAAAAGUUCUUACUGAAGAAUGGACUGAAAAAUGGCGAGAAACUCAACAAAUUUUACAUGAGCAGACUGCUUUGGGACUACGCAAAGCUGGUUUGGGUGUGGUUCUGGACAGCGACAUACCGCAUCUUGUUGGCAUUGAUGAUGAUUUACUCAGUACAGGUGUUACUUUGUAUCACUUGAAGGAAGGAGAAACUUUAAUAGGAUCAGAUGAAGCAACAACAACUCAAGAUAUUGUUCUGAAUGGCCCAGAUGUUCUACCUAAUCAUUGCAGUAUUACACUGAAUAAAGGUGUUGCAGUAAUUCAUCCAAAAGAGGGUGCACAGUGCUGGCUCAAUACAGUGCUUAUAGAGAAAUCGACUAGACUAAGUCAAGGUUGUAUUUUGCUGCUAGGCCGUACGAACAUGUUUCGUUAUAACGAUCCUGUAGAAGCAGCUAAACUUAGACAAGGUGGAAGUAAAUCAAGGUUAAAUCUAUCGCGGCUUUCGCUUCUUAGCUGGUCUACAUCAGAUCUGGCUGCGUCCUCCGAGAAUUUAUUAUCUAAUGGAGAUGAAGGAGUUUUGGAACAGCAACGCUCGGAAUUACAAAAGGAAAAGAAUAGUUUUGAAAAGCAGCAAACUCAAAGAGAGCUUGGUUGGAAAGAAGAACAAAAGAAAAAACUUGAAGAACUGGAAACCGCUCAAAAACAAUUACAAUUGGUACGAGAAGAAAUGGAAUUGGCUUACAGAGCUCAAUGUAUGAAACUUGCAGAAGACUGGCAAAGAUUAGAACGAAUACAAAAUGAAAGCAAGUCAAUGUUGCUCAGCAAGGAAACAGAAAUUAAAAGACAAACCGAAGAAUUAUUAGCUGAACGGGGAGAUACUAAUGAUUUGGUAAAACAAGUUUCGUCAAACAUGAAAGAUCUUUCAGAAAAUUUGGAGUUGAAAAAAAGUGCUCUUAUGGAUUAUAUUCAGACUGAAUUAAAGAAAAUCAUGAAAAAUAAUAACAAGACAUCUUCAGAAUGCGAGGAUUUGGAUUCAGACACUCCUCACACAUUAGACGAAUGUGUUUCUGCUUUGAUGCGAAUGUCUGAAGAAGCAAGUGUUCACCGAAAUAUUGCAAACCAGCAACAUGAAGUCAAUGCACUGGAAACAUCUUUAAGGUCUCAAAAUUCGGAUUUGAACAAGCAUAUGUCGAAAUUGAAUGAUAUUGAUUCGAAAUUAGAAGAUUUGAAACAACAGCAAAUUGAUAUUAACGAAGAACAAAAUAAAUUAUCAGAACCUCCAAAUAUUGAUUCUAACAAGUUUAUACAAGAGACCAAUAGUGAACAGGCUGAUGAUUUAUUGAAAAGGAAAAUGUCGUUGUCUUUACCAAUAAGACAUCCUCUGAAUUCAUUAGCAAACUCUACUGAGCUCAGCAACACCUCGUCCUCAGCGAAUCCUUCUUGUAUUGUUAGUCCUUUGAAGACAUCUGAUACGUAUCAUACUGCUGAUUCUGAUUGCUCAACCGACAAAGAAGCUAAUAUGGAUAACAAAAAAUGUGAUAAAGUAAAAGACAAUUGCGAGCCCAAUACAAAACAGGCUAAAAAUGCUUCAAACAAAAAUUUGGUCUAUGACGAUCCCCUUCACUGCCAUUUAAAUAAAGAGACACCGACAAAUAAUUUUAACACUAUAAAUAUAUCGAGUAAUGAAAUAUCAAGUGUGCCUUCAGAAAUAAGUUUGACAGAAGAUAUAGAAAUUAAUAAUUGUAAAUCAAAUACUAUGAACAAUAAAACUGCAGUGCCUUUAAGAACUAUGCAAAGAAUACAACAUAAAAUAGCAAGACAAAAAAUGAUUAUUAUGAGAAUUUUGGAAGCUCAGAAUUCGAAAGAAGCUUUAGAUAAGCAGAUUGCGAUAUUACAUGACCUGCAAAGACAGAAAAUUCAGCUAGAAAAAUAUCUUCAAGACGUAUAUACGAAUGGCGAUAUAAAUGAACGUGUAAAUGUUGACUGCUCGACAAGUGAUGGAUCAAGUGAUGUUGAUACUUGUAGCAAUUAUAUAGAGGAUUCUAAUCUUGAUACUUUGCAAAAUGAUGCGAAUUCUUUACAAUAUACAAGCGUUUACUAUAUGGGCCAAGGAGAAGAUUGUUCUUCGCCGUUCGCGUUGAGUUUAUCACGAACAAUGCCAGCGUUCAAUGGCGAAGGUGGUGACAGAAAUGUAAUAAGCGUUACAGGUUUUGUCAUUCGCGGCGCUAGAAAGAAAACACACGUGGAAUAUGAAAUCCGCAUUUACACUGAAACUGAAUCAUGGAGUUUGUUGAGACGUUACAGCAAAUUUAGAGAUUUACACUUGACGAUGAAGUCGAGAUAUGGACAGAAGGUGGCUGAGCUUAGUUUUCCGCCUCGACACCUAUUUUCUUCGUCCUGCUCCGAUGAAACAGCGCGUACGCGUCGGUCUGAAUUAGACACCUAUCUUCAGCGUCUUAUCGAGGUCUGCUCCGAAAUGCCGGAAUGUCCCCUGCACGCCUGCAGGGGGCAACAAUUGACCAAGCUUUGUUUGCUGGAAUUUAGUGACUUCUUCAGAAAAGGUAUGUUUGAAAGCACACGUUACGGUACUAGUUAGAAAGAAAGUUUC